UACGUUUGAAGCAGCUGGAGCUGCCAAAAGAAAAGUAUAUAACAACAAAAAACCGAAAUCAAACCAAAACAAAUACUAUAAAUAAAACGCAAUAAUCUAAAGGAAUCAAGACAAUAAAAAACACAGCAAGAAUCUACACAAACAAAAUAAACAAAUUAAAAUUUGGCGACAACGUGUUAAGAAUCGACAACGUGUUCAAAAUGCAAUUACCCCAAGGAGCAUUAAGUUUGCUGUUUAUCACUUGCAUGAUGUUUGUCCUGACAAGCGGCCAUCCAUCAAACGACAAGCUUAAGAUACGUAUCCACGUGCCGGUGAAGCAUCACACGCAUGUGCACACCAAGACGGUCAUAAAGAAAGUGCCGUUACCCAUCCCGGUGCCGGUCAAGGAGCACAAGGAGCCCAAGAAGCACCAUCGCAGCAGUCACAGUCAUCAUUAUCACGAGCAGGACGAGCUCGAUGAUGACUUCGAGGGUUACGAGUAUCCCAUCAAGGCCAAGCGACGUACGCGGCAUCCUUUUGUCUAAGGUUCGGACCUUUGGGCGUGGCUAAAUUGUGGGCGUGUCGUGACACACUAGCCCACACAAAACAACAAAAACAACAAAAAGCAAACAUCAACAUUGAGACAUCACA